UCUCUCUCUCUCUGACCUUGAAGUCAAGUUAUUGCGGAAUUUAAGCUGAGAUUUGCAUUUACUUGAAUUUGAUAGAAUUACCAUUCUAAUGGUAUCAUUCAGUAGGUGAGCUUCAGGCAUUGAUGAUAGGAUAUAUCCACACACACAUGGCCCAUGGCUGGUGUUCAGUCCAAUAUUAAAUCCAAGAAGCAGGUGCUCAGAUCUAAACAACCGGCAGCUGAUACCAAUAUUCUACCACACGCCCACCGCCUCCCAUCUCUCUCAUUGCUCUCUCUUCCUCUCUUUCUUUGACUCUUGCUUUCUAGACUGAACCAUUUCUUAUUCCUUACUUGCCCUCGUACCUUCCACAUUUCUCGCAUAGACUUUCUUCCUCGCUUCACUCAUUUACAAACUCCCAUUUUCUUAUUCCUUCCUCAUUUUGAGGGUUUCGGUGCUAUUUUGAUCCGGGUCCGGGUCGGUCUUGAGCUUUUCUCACGAUUGUUCGAGUUUGAGGCAUCCUUAGGAUCUGAGUGUUGUUAAGAUUGGGUUCUGAGCUAACUACCUUAAUCUUAUCUGGGUUGUCUUUAAUUUCUUCCAAUCUCGGCUAGUUUUGGGAUUUUAUGAUUCUGCGGGCCUCUAGGUCAUAUAAAAGGAAAAUGGUCGGAGCAGGAAAUGGUCUGUUCUACCCCAUUGUUGGAUUUGCUUCAUGUUUGGCUCUCAUCUACUUGUCCUUUGGUGACUUGAGGAGCAAUUUUCAUGAGAAACAACAUCCGUUGGCUUUUGUUCAGAGGAAUGGGACUCAGUUCACCUUGGAGGGUAAACCAUUUUACAUCAAUGGAUGGAAUUCUUAUUGGCUUAUGUAUCAUGGUGUGGAUGAGUAUACCAGACCCAGAGUCCAAGAAAUUCUGCAGGCUGGUGCAAAAAUGGGUCUUACACUCUGCCGAACUUGGGCUUUUAAUGAUGGUGACUACAAUGCUCUCCAGGUUUCCCCUGGUCAGUUUGAUGAGCGAGUUUUCAAGGCUCUGGAUCAUGUUAUCGUAGAAGCAAGACAACAGGGCAUCAGGUUGCUGCUUUGCUUAGUUAAUAACUUGGAAAAUUAUGGUGGGAAGUCUCAGUAUGUAAGGUGGGCCUGGCAAGAAGGUGUUGGUUUGAGUGCAUCCAAUGAUUCAUUUUUCUUUGACCCUUCCAUUCGCAAUUAUUUCAAGAGUUACAUCAAGACUAUCCUAACCAGGAAGAAUACUCUCAAUGGAGUUGAAUAUAGAGAUGAUCCCACCAUUUUUGGGUGGGAGUUAAUAAAUGAACCCCGUUGCAGCUCUGAUGCCUCCGGCGAUACUCUCCAAGCUUGGAUAGAAGAAAUGUCAGCAUUUGUGAAAUUAAUUGACAAGAAACAUUUACUGACUGUGGGCCUGGAAGGAUUCUAUGGUCCUAAGGACCCCAAAGCCUUAACUGUGAAUCCUGAAAUGUGGGCAUCCCGUCUUGGAUCAGAUUUCAUUCGCAACUCCAAGAUCCCCAACAUUGAUUUUGCUUCUGUUCAUAUCUACCCUGACCAUUGGUUUCAUGAUCUAGAAGUGGAGGACCACCUGAAAUUUGUCAGCAAGUGGAUGCAUUCUCACAUUGAAGAUAGUGAAAAACAACUUAAUAAACCAGUCAUGUUCACUGAAUUUGGCUUGGCAGACCAGCUUGAUAGAUUUUACCAAACUAUUUACGAUAUCAUUUACAAAUCUGCAAAGAAACACAAGGCUGGGGCAGGUGCCUUAGCGUGGCAGUUUAUUGUUGGAGGAAUGGAAAAGUUCAAUGAUGAAUUUGGGAUUAUUCCAAGGGAAAGGCCAUCUACCUAUAAGCUGAUAAUAGACCAUGCAUGUAGGUUGGCUAGAAUCCAAGGUCCAGUUUUAGAACAGCGAAAUUUGAAGGAGUUGUGCUUCCGUAAAUACUGAAUGCUUAUUUUGAGCAGAAAGCCUCAUUCCUUUGAGGGGGAGGUGGAGGGGGGUAAAGUAUGAUCUAUGUUGUGGUUUGCGGUGUUUAAAGGAGGGAAGCGGAUCAGGAUACAGGUUAUAUAGUUUCUUCUCAGAUGAAUUAGAUCAAUUACAAAGUCAGAAAGAAAAGCUACAGAUUACCAUCCAGGAAAGGUUGCUACACUCCAUAUACUUUGCUUGUAAGCCAUACUGUCUGCAGUCUUGGCACUAUGUUUUGUGGCAGGCCAAUGAGUUGGUACUUGAUACUAUGUUUGUUGGGUGGGACACUGAUAGGACUGGUAGCUCACUUAUAGUUAGCAGCAGCACUAGCUCUUUUGUAAUGAUUACUACUACAAAUGUUUUGAUGUUAAUAUUAUUUAUACAAUGCUACUCGUUGGGAUUUCACUUCCUU